CAGGGGUGGCGGGGCCGCGGCGGUGCGGAGCCCCCUCACCCCCCCAUCACUGCCCCGUGGCCUCUCCCGGGGGUUCUGUCUGGCCGCAGAGUGCCCUCGAAGCGAUGCACGGGGGAGGGGACAGCAAGAAAGGGCCUUCUCCGGGAACCGUCCGUGUCCCCUCAGCCACGUGUAGGGGGGACCGGUGAUCCCGAGCCUUGCUUGCGCGCCCUCAGUGGGACACAUCAUAAUUUCCUUUUGCUUUUGGUGGAAGUAGCCGCCAGGCCUCCUGACUUUACUUUGUUAAUCCAGUGCAGCUUCUGCGUAUUUGAUAAUCCUCUGAGAGCUUCUCUUGAAGUUUCUGUGUGACUUUGGCGCAUUGUGAAAUUCCAACUUUUGAGGUAUCAGGGCACAAGUCCAGAUAUUUAGUAGCUUUCCAGUCUAUCACAUCAGGACUUCUCUACCUCCAGCAGGUGGUUGCAGCCCCUUCCAGAUUUUGGCUGUAUAAAAAUAGACUUUUCAUACAUGACCGCCAGGAACUAUUGUUAAAUGCAUACUAUAUACUUGUGUGGACAAGGCCUUGGAGUCUCCUGUGCUGCUCUUAUCUCUCAUAAUUCAGUUUUCUCCAGUUCUUUUCACGUGCUGAGUCCUUUCCGUCACGUCCGUUCCACGAGGUGGCGCCGUUCCCUGGGAGAGGCUGCUGUGCUGCCUGGGGUCAGAGGGCUCAGGGAUGGCAGAACGCACUUCAGGAGCUUGCUGAAAAUGGCUGUACUUCUCCUUUGAAAAUGGACGAUGAUGAUGACAUUCCUCAGCUUUCAUCCCAUACCUUGGCUGCCCUCCAGGAGUUCUACUUGGAACAGCAGCAGAGAGAGGGCAUGAAGACCUCCCAAGGGUUUAAUCAAUAUUCCAUUGGCUCAAUAGAAGAAGACUGGCAACUGAGCCAGUUUUGGUACAGUGAUGAAACUGCAUCAUGCCUGGCUAAGGAAGCAGUUCUGGCAGCUGGAAAAGGUGGCAGGAUAGCGUGCGUUAGUGCACCGAGUGUGUACCAGAAACUGAAAGAACAGGAUGGUGAGGAUUUUUCCAUGUGUAUACUGGAGUAUGACAGAAGGUUUUCUGUGUAUGGAGAAGAAUUUAUCUUUUAUGAUUACAACCACCCUUUGGACUUACCUGAAAAUCUCCUGCCACACAGUUUUGACAUCGUAGUAGCAGAUCCACCCUAUCUGUCUGAAGAAUGUCUUCAAAAGACUGCAGAGACCAUAAAAUACCUAACAAAAGGAAAGAUUCUGCUUUGCACAGGUGCAGUCAUGGAGGAACAGGCAGCAAAGCAUCUUGGUGUGAAGAUGUGCAAGUUUAUUCCAAAACACUCACGAAAUUUAGCCAAUGAAUUUCGAUGCUAUGUGAACUAUGCUUCUGGACUGGACUGAUUCUUCUAUCAUCAACAAAUCUACAACUUUUUCAGUCAAGCUUCCUUCUGUUUACUGUCAGUUAUGCCACAUUUCUCAGGGGUGAUGUAGUCAGCUCUGAGUACUGUUUAGUGGGAUAGCUGGAAUCAACACAGGGUGAUAGCCUCUCUUUUAAAUGAGUAAGCGUUUGCAGUUACUGUGUUUCAUAUUAAGUAAACGCAGACCAGGCAAUGCAGGUGCUGGAUAAUGGGAACUUCUUUGUUAGAGUUUCAUUUUAACUGGUAGCUUUUACCAUUUGAGGACACAUCAGUGACCUCUUUGAAGUGAUUUUAGCUUAUAUCAACACAUAGGUGCUUGCCUUGCAGGCAUCAGAAUCGUCAUUGCCAAAGAAUGUGAUACUUCUGUAGUAAUGUGACCCACACAUGUCCCUUAUAUCUUGAAUCAUAAUGGCUCUGAUUAAACAUAAUGUCUGCUUUUUAAUAAUUUCAAUAUCAAGCCAAAGAGGAUCUACAGGUAUGUCAAGUUGCAAGAAUGCUUAUGAUUUUUUUUCCAGCUGCCUGGUUUUAUUUUUUUCUCCUGUUCCAGAGACAGCAGCAGAGCAGUAGAAUAGAAGCAUCUUAAAAAUCAUUGAAUCUUACAAGGCCACUGAGGAAUAAUAUGUUGAUAAACUCCCACUGUUUCAAAUAGAAAAAUAUUAGCUUUUAUAUUUAAGGUUUGGACUAUAUUUCAGUCAAAAUAGAUAAUACAUUGGAAAAGCUUUGCUUUGCAUAAGUAGAGAUUUUUGAUAACUGGGAAUUUUAAAGCCAGUUUUGACUAACCUUUUGACUACAUUACUGAAGUAUUUUUGGGUGAAAGUUAGUUCAUAAAUUUCAAGGUACUCAACACUUUUAUAAUCUCUAAAAACACUCUACAAAACACAAGCACUUGUCUUUGUAUGUCAUACUGUGUAAAAGUUAACAGACAUGCUGCGUCUACAAGACAAAUCACAUAAAAUCAAGUAGUAAAUUUAUUUUGUGGUGGGAAUAAGCCUAAUUAAGCUUGUGAGAGGAGACUUUCUAUAAUGCAGUGAUAAUACUCAUAUUUCUGCUCUUUGGAUGCAGAUUUUCCCAUCUGGUGGAGUAAACAGCUGAGCAGGAAUAAUAUAGAUGGAUUCUAAUCCUCUGUUAGUGCUCAGAGAAUGGUGUUGUCUGAGCUGAACACAACAGUGGUUCAUAAAUACCCACCCAAGCCACUCUAGCUCUCCUCCCCAUUUUCCAAGAGAUCUGUUUGCUUCCUAAGGCUUUUCCCUCCUCACAUUUUAUACCUGUCGCCUCCUCCCUGCAUGUAGUGUUCUUGGGUUCCAUGGUAACAGUUUUCUUCCUCUUGCACACGCCUUGGUUUCUGUCAGGCUGGUCUCAGGUGUUGUUAAAACAAGGGAAGUACAGGGAGAACAGGCACCGGCCUCUCCUUUCUGCUGUGUGAGCCCAGGGCCCAUACAGUCUUACCUUUCAAACCAGAUUGCAUCCUUGCUGCUGAGCCAGAAUUCCCCUGAGAAUGACUGUCCACAGGUGAAAUACACCUGGGUUUAGUUGUUUUCUGGGAGGCUACAUCAUCACUUUCAUGUGGCCAGUUUGAAAAUAAAGCAAACCAGAAUGGUAACUGCGUAGCUCUUGGCACUAACCUGUACUUUAAAGUGGUUCAUUACCUCAGUGUCUGGUGCACCAAGCAGAUGGAGACAAUGAAGUAACUCAUGAAACUUUGUUUUCAACUGCAUAGAGGCUUCAAGUAUGAUUGCCAGAAAGGAUGAUACUGUUUCCCUGCCACCCACCUAAAUUAGAAUGUGCUGUUCAAAUCAAAGCCUCACCUAUUUUGCUGCUUUAUUCACUUCAUUUUGGUAAAUGUGUAUUAUUGGGUUCUCCAUAGCAGAGUUAUAAGUCACCUUUGCUAACUUCAUCAGAGAUAUUUCUUAAAAAGAUAAAAGUGCACCAUUCAGUUGUACCAAGAAGUUCACUUCCAAGAAAAUCCCUGCUGCUUCUCACAUGUAGGUCAGACUGCUUUGAAGAGGGGCACUGUGAAGAUGCUUAGUUACGGAACUGAGGAUACACGAAAAUCUGUGCAGAUGCAUUCAACAGAGCAGCCCGUUGUCCACCAGCCUCCCUCUUAAAAGCCUGGGGAGUGUAGGCAGCUGCCCAAGCAGAGCCUGACUAGUGGCAUUUACAGCCUUCAUCAGUGAUGGGAGGUAAACUAUUUUUGUCUUACUUGAUUCCAAGGAAGUAGCUGUUUCUGAGAAAGGUACAAGUCACAAAAAUCCAUAGUGAAUUUGUGUUUUGGGCCAGCAUGGUAAUUUUAAGAAAUAAUAUGUGACGGCAAAACCCUCUUUUCUUCUGUAACGGGAUUGUAAAUAAAAAUGUCAGUGUCAAGUA